CGAUUUGAGUUAGCAUCUCCUCAUUUCCGCCAUCGCGAUUGAUUGGCAUAUUAUGAUACUAUUUCACCUUAAGAAAAUGGCUGUUACUGUGCUACUUUAAAAAAAAAUGUGGCCGUAUUUGUGUGUAUUUCGGAGAUUUUUGCCUUUGUGCAUCCCACCUGUGUAAGGAUAAUAACAAAACGCCGACGAGAAGCAAGAACCGUCGGGCAAGAGCCGGUCGGCCGCAGGCACUGCUCCAAAGAAUGGCCGAUAACGGCGGUCGUAGUGACAGUCCCACCAGCACAGCGCCCGAUGAGGAUGACUCCCAACAGGGCCAUGGUCAUUUCUUUGUCAAGAAAACGUUCCAUAAGCCUACCUACUGCCACCACUGCACGGAUAUUCUCUGGGGAUUGAUAGGUGUAGGUUACGUCUGCGAAGUGUGUAAUUUUGUUGUGCAUGACCGCUGCAUGAAGACAGUGGUCUCCCCUUGCUCUAGUAUUGCAACCAGUCUUAUCAAAAAUCCAGUGGCUCACUGUUGGUCAGAACCAAGCCACUUCAAAAGAAAAUUCUGUAAUGUCUGCAGGAAAAGAUUAGAGGACAGUCUAGCUAUACGCUGUGAAAUAUGUGAAUAUUAUGCACACCUUGACUGUCAAGAUUUUGUAGUGAGCGAUUGUAUGGAAUGUGCAACUUACUUCCCUCAAAGGGAUAGGAAUGUGAUUCAUUACCAUCAUUGGAGGGAAGGCAAUCUGCCACCCAACUCCAAAUGUGUUUCAUGCAAAAAGACCUGUUGGUCCUCAGAGUGUCUAGCAGGGAUGAGAUGUGAAUGGUGCGGCGUCACGGCCCACGCCACAUGUUAUAGAUCACUGCCAGUAGAAUGUAAGUUUGGGAGCUUGCGAGAAAUUCUCCUACCUUCUUCUUGCUUGACCAUCCCUCGUCUAGAAGUUCCAAUGGAGACUAUUCUGGGAAUCAGCCGGAAGACAACUCGCACUGUCUCUGAAGAAUGGUCCUCAAGUGGUGACUCUAAAACUGAAGAUGAAGAAAGAGAAAGACGGUCGCCGAGAGAGAAAGAUGGAAGAGACAAAGAUAAAGAAGACUGUGAAAUAAUUAGGGUGUUUGAUGGCAAUGCCUCCCUUAAGAAACGCUUGUACCGCACAAUAUCAGUACCUAGAAAUGCAACAGUACAGGCUAUUCUGGAGGCAGCUCUUAAAACAUUCCACAUAUCUGAUGAUCCCAAAAACUAUUAUGUGACAGAAGCAACGGAGUCCAGCUUAGGAGAAAGAGAGCUAGAGGAAAACAUGCCAGUUAGAUCCCAGUUAAAAACACCUGAUGGAAAACGGCCUUCCAUAUUUUUGAGAUACAAAGAAAAGAAAGACAGUGGAGUCAUUAGAGUUUAUCCUGGUGGAUUAAGAGUGAGCUGUGGCUACAAGAAUAUAUAUCUAAACAAAGACACGACUACAGAAGAGGUUAUCAAGACAGCGCUAAGGAAGUUUGGUUUUGAGGACAAAGAUCCAGACAGCUUUGAGUUAAUUGAGGUAUUGUUAGACAAAGGUGUUACAGAAAGGAAAGUGGACCGUAAUGCAAAGCCCUUUCACAUAAUGGUACAAAGCAGACGGGAAUCCUUGCGCCAAAAUCGAAUGACAAGGUUUUAUCUGCAACAAAAAGAAGAUCCCCAUGGACCCAGCAUAUCUCUGUAUGUGGGUAAUUUACCUACUGGCUUGUCACAGAGACAAUAUGAAAAAAUACUUUUAGAUAUUAUAGGCAGAGAAAAUAAGUGGGAAAAGUUUGAUGGUAUUUACUAUGAGUAUGGCUCACUAGUCCUCAUAUAUACAAUACCUGAAGUAGCAACAACAGUAUUUAAUAUACUACAGGAGUCUACAUUUGAUGAAAAACAAAUUUUGGCUUUACUGCUACCUAAUAUUCAACCGCACAUGAUUCCAGACUAUGUGAAACCUUUGAUGGUUUUUGUCAAUGUCAAGAGCGGUGGUUGUCAGGGACUAGAGCUCAUUACCUCUUUCAGGAAGCUGCUCAACCCUCACCAGGUGUUCAACUUGGAGAAUGGGGGACCACUGCCAGGGUUGUAUGUAUUCCGAAAUAUCCCAUACUACAAAAUCCUGGUGUGUGGUGGGGAUGGUACCGUCGGAUGGGUACUAUCCUGUCUUGAUAAUGUGGGCCAAGAUGCUGAGUGUCAGUCACCACCCAUGGCUAUUGUACCUUUAGGCACAGGUAAUGAUUUAGCAAGAGUUUUACGCUGGGGACCAGGCUACACAGGAGGUGAGGAUCCUCUCAAUGUUCUCAGAGAUGUGAUUGAUGCUGAGGAAAUCAAGCUUGAUCGCUGGACAGUUAUAUUCCACCCUAAUGAGAAGGAGCAAGAUGAAACUAAAGUAGCCAUCGCCAAUGAUACCAACAGUGCAAACACUACAGAGGACCCGACCAGCAUCUUUGUCAUGAACAAUUACUUUGGCAUUGGCAUUGAUGCAGAACUUUGUCUUGACUUUCAUAUGGCACGAGAGGAGAAACCAGAUAAAUUUAAUAGCAGGCUACACAACAAGGGAGUUUAUUUAAAAAUGGGAUUACGUAAAAUGGUAAACAGAAAAACUUGCAAAGACCUCCAUAGAAACAUUAAAGUAGAAGUAGAUGGCAAGCUCAUCGAACUGCCUCCAGUCGAAGGCAUUAUUAUUCUUAAUAUACUCAGUUGGGGCUCUGGAGCCAAUCCCUGGGGACCCGAGAGAGAGGACCAGUUUAACAAGCCUACUCACUAUGAUGGGAACUUGGAAAUAGUGGGGGUCACUGGGGUUGUCCACAUGGGACAAAUACACAGUGGCCUUCGGAAUGGUAUACGCAUUGCACAGGGAGGGCAUCUUCGAAUUACAUUGCUGUGUGAUAUGCCUGUGCAAGUAGAUGGUGAACCCUGGAUACAACCUGCUGGACAGGUCAUAGUGCUCCGCUCUGCUCUCAAGGCGACCAUGUUGAAAAAAAGUAAGAACAAGAUCAAACGGCGCAAUACUGAGCCUAGCAUCUUCUUCCCUGAAAAUGAGCCAUUGCAAGCCUCCUCCCCUACAGAAGACUCUAGUGGACCUCUUUAACUGGAACUGAUCAGGGAGCCAUCCCUAGUGUAAUGAUCUCCUUGUGUCCAGCAUUGAAUGAAUUAGUACCAAACUCACCAUUCUAUUUCUUGUAACAACAACAGCAACAUACAACAUUACAGACCAUUUGGCUAUCUACUGGAUUAUCUCUAGUUCUGGAUUUUUUUUCAUCCUCAUACUGGAUUGUGAUUUCUAAUAGUCCAGUCAAUGUAGAAUUUAGACAUGACUACUUAACUCAGUGUAGUCUCAAACUCUUACUUUGAAGACUAGUUAGGAAUCUUCUCUUAUAAAUUGUGGAUGUUCCUUCAAACUAGAUGAUAAUUACCUGUCAGAUUUUUUUUUAUAAAUAAGUCACAUUUUCAAUCCUUAAUUUUUUUUUUUAUAUAAAUUGUCAUAAAAAUUGAACAUCUUAAUUUAGAGCAAAAUCUUUGCUUACGAAAAAGAUAUACAUAUAUAUAUAAAAAUGUAAUUAUUUUAAACUUUUUCAAUUGGAUGUCAUCAAAUUUUGUAUAAUUAAAUCUCAAUUUGUUGUGACUUUUUAUAUGAAUAGAGCAGUUAAUUCAAAAGAUCAGCCUAGUUUAUAUUAACAAAUAGACCUUUAUGUCUGUUAGAUAUUUAACAUUUAUGUGAAUGAUUGGCCAAAGAAAAUGUAGUCAUGUACCUUUAAUGUGCACAAAAUAAAUGGAGUAGUUUACUCUUUGAUCCCACCCACACCUCAACCAACAAAAAGAAAGAUUUUUGGUGUCAAAUGUGAGCGAGGUCAGUAUGUGUUGAACUACAAUGAUAUGUUUCACUCAACAAAUUCAAAUCACAUAGCAAAAUCCUAAACACUGUAACAAUAGGGAAGAAAUAUAUGGAACAUUACAGUGAUGAUUUAGAAAAAAAAAAAAAGUGAUCAAGAAGUUGGUAAAUAAUUUCAAAGGUAUAGUAUUUUAUUGUCAUACAUUGAAGUAAGGUAAUUGACUAAUUAAAUACUGGUGUGAAAACAGCUAUUAUGUUGUGAAAACCAAAUAUUUUUUAUCUGAAUUCUAGAAAUUUAAAACUACUUGCUACCUUAAGACUGUUGUAAUCAACAUUUUUUUUUUUUGUUGAUCUAGAGAUGCUGUGAUCCUGUAUGAAAGAAUGGCUUCUAUUUUCAAAUGAUGACAUAUUAAAACUUAGACUCACAUGCCAGAAGUUGCUGUAAUUAAUCUUUAUAGAAAUCAAGAAUUUUAGAAUGAUUUAUAAUAAUAAUUUAAAAAAAUAAUGGAAUAAAUUCAAAUCUUUAUCAAUCUUUGCCUGUCUGAAAAGACAUUGAUUGGUAGUAUUUAAUUAUCUGCUGUCAUUUUAAAAAAGUCUCUAAAACUUACUGUAGAACUGCUAAAGUUUUUAACUAUUUUGUGAUGAGUUGUAUUUUUUUUUAACUAAAACAUUUUCAGAAUCUCUUUUUUCAUAAACUAUUUAUGAUAUGCUGAAUUGCAUUUAUCAUCUUUACUGGACAGGAAGAAAUGCAGUGAUAGAUAAAACUACUGGGAUAGUUCAGUUAGACUCAGUAUAUAGUUAAACUGUUUCAAGCUUAUGUAUCUUGUAUCUUUUUAGAUUUGUUUUUCUUUUAGAGUUGUUGAAUGAGGAACCAGAUCUAUUCUAAAAGCAUACAAUCGGUUCUUGAAGAGAAAAAAACUUGGUUAUCUCUGCUCAUCUUCAUAUACCCUUGACGUCAGUCUUCAAAGCUUACAACAUGUGCAUACUUUCAUAGAAACAUACACCUCCAUAAACAAAGACAUAAUGAUAACACAGAAUACAUACCCUCAUAUGUGCAUAUAUCUGAUUUAUAGAUAUGCAUUCAUUUCUGUAUAAAUAUAUGCCUAUGUAAACAACACAUGAUAAAGUACACACCUGCAUUUGUGCAUAUAUCAAUAUGCAUUCAUCCAUGGACAUAACACACACACACACUUUUUUUUAGUAGAUUCUUAGUCCUAUAGAUUACAACUAUUUAAUUCUUAAUUCAUACAGUUAAUUGUUAGUCUACUCUUGAAUUCCCAAUUGGUUUAUAUAACAAUGUCAUUAUUAUUCUUAUUCUUAUUUGAUGAAACGAUUACUACUGAUAAUGAAUGUGGUUUUAUUUCAAUGAUGAUAUGAACCAAAUGUUGACUUAUGACUAUUCUUGAAUGAUUACUCUAGACAUGUUUGACCUUCUUGAUAAUCAUGUUGUUUGAAUUUUUUUCCCUUCUGUUCUCUCUACUCUCUCUGUAGAUUUGAUGUGAUAUAUUCAUGAAUGUCUGAGUUGAUCAAUGACUUCAUCCAUUCUCAGAUAAUCAUUACAACUACUAUAUUUAGUAUAUAUAUUAUAUUAAUAUUCUAUUGUUGAUGAAAGUGGCCAUCUCAAAUUAUCUGUAUCAUUUUCUCUCUAAGAAUGCAACGCAUAUGUGUAUGUGUACCAAUAGGGCAUGUCUCCUGCUGGUUACACUGUUGUGUACUUUUCAUGUAUGUGACAGAGUUGGGCAGACUGUAUGAUCAGCUCUAAAGAAAGAUUAUCUAAGACGGACAUAGAAUCCUGAACAAAGAUUGUGCUGUUUGUGUGUCUUGCUGGAUGCAUUAUGAAUUUGUUCCAGUAUAUAACAUGUCUUUAUGUUAGAACGCUCAUUACAAAUCAAGUUUAGGGCUGUUCCCAGGAUAAAGAUAUUUCUGUGACUAAUACUAAGAGAUCUGAAGAAAAAAAUUUGAAUUGAUUAAAAAAUAAAACUGAACAUUAGCUCUUUAAGUGCGGUGUUACUCUCGGCGAGUAACUUGGUUUAGAAAAUUUUUUUCACUAUCUUUUUUAUCUUAAACUUUUUAUUUGUCCCUUUUUUUUUUUUAUUUUCCGGAUGUAGGAGUGAUUGUUCUUUGUUUUGGUAGUAAUUUGAUGCACACAUUUAAAAUAAAACAAAACAUUGUGCUAUUGGUUCCUCUUUUUUUAGUUUAUUUCUCGGGACCCCAAAAAAAAUUUAAUUAAUACAAUUUCUUAGUGC